CUGUUAUGCAAGCCGAGUGCUGAAAAAAUAGCCUUUUACAGGAUAAUGGUAAUUAACCACAUAUCCUGCUGACAGAUUGCUUUACCGACCACGCCGUGGCGGUGGACGACGUGCUGAUGAGUGGAGGAUGGUACAGAGCUGAGGCCGGGCAAAUUAGCUCUCGGGAUCGGCACAGUAAUCCUGCUACCCACAUUCAUACACAACACGGCACACACACAGCGACAUUUGGCCGGCUUCGUGUUCAGUGAUACGGCAGGCAGCGGAGCGGCCUACAGCCAAUAAACAAAGCCAUAAUGGGAGAUUGUUGCGUUUAGGGACGCGAGGGGCGCGCCAGCGCCCGGGAAUGACCCGGCCUGGCAACCUUUUUGGCAGGGCAACGUUACGAUAACAAUUGCCACGACUGUACCGUUAUAACACGUACACAGCCACUGCGCGGCACGCAAUAAGGAAUCCCGCGCAGUUCCGCCAAUUGCACCAUGUGUGUGCACUGUUGUGUAGAGGGUCUUUCAUAGGCAGCGCGCGCGCGACACCCAGUGUAGCGUGGUGAAGGGGAAAUUGCCUUGGCGAUCCACAACCAAGAGAGCAACACAUACACAUACCGUAUACACACAAAACACACACGCCACGUCCCAUGCAUCCAGCGUAAUGAUGAUGAAAAUGAUGACGGAGAAGGAACGAAAACCCAAUCCAGCAUAUCCGCACGUAAUCGAUGAAGUAGCCAAUCAGACACACAUGCCAAGUGUACGUACAAGUGCGUAUACGCUGAGUGGUGGUCUUUCGCAGGCGUUUAUACAACAGCCGGUUGAUCACAGUGUAGCCAGUGGACGUACGUACGACUACCAACCGUCGCCGGCUCUACCGUUGAGUGUUCUUUCGCAGCCCACACUGGAUAAUUUAGCCACAGUAUCCCCUCGAUUACAGUCGAGUCCAAUUGAAAAACAGCAGGCAACCAAGUAUUAUCAUAUUGACAGUAGUCGGAAUGCCAAUGUCGUGGCUGGCACGGCCGCCGCACAACUGCAACCCGCCUCAACUUCAUCCAGCGCUGACAUUAUUAACGGGCCUGCUGAAUUAGACCAGGUUAGCUGUCCGCGUACGCCACCAUACAAUACCAACCUUCAUCCCUACUGCUGCUGCACGGAUCACGCUGCGUCCGUCGAGUGUCUUAAUCAUUAUCCUGCCUCGAGUGUUGUCGCCGAUCAGCGGCAUAUCGCCAUUACUGCCACCCAUGUAAUCCCUCCACGUAUCUUCCAACUGGGCGAUAAGGAUUCCAUUGUGAAUGAGUCGGACAUUGAUCAGGAUGUGUUUAUUAUCCCGAGCAGUGCCGGCAGUGUCGGUGAUGGUGUGGAUAGUGUGGAUGAUUCCGCCAGCCGGGUGUCCACGCUAGACUCCCCCACACUCUCCGCAUCCUCCUUACAGCCAUUGGCCGGUGGCGUUAAUGACCCGCGUCCCAUCCCACCGGUGACAUCGCUGGUGAAUGCCAAGAGUCGUCCCAAAAAGAAGGUAGUCUUUCUCCGCUCCCCGGUCAUGCCGCCCCGCGAUGGCAACGGUGGUGGUCAGAGCACGCCUGUGGGCGGCGUGUGA